UUUUUUUUGCAAAAAUUGGAUUUAUCGCAAGUAACUUUCUUUCCACAAUGCUAUUUCUUCCAAUUUUUUAAUCAAUUAGAUCCUUUACAGUAAUUCGUAUUCACUUAAACCUGCAAACAACGUUUUCGUGAUCGGGAAACGGAAGAAAGACUUAAAACAAAGAUCGUCUAUGCACGGACAGCAGGAGUCAGGUUGUAGGGGGAUAAUGUUGUGUUUAUAUUUCCAUUGUGUGACAAGAUAAUGUGUGGGGUGGAUGCAACAGGUGAAAUGAGAGUAUUUCGCAUGGGGAUGUUUAUUCACGAAUUUGACUGAUUAGUGUCAUGGGAAUUUGUACGCGGAGAUAUUUUCUACUGACAAUAUGCAUUUUACAAUUGGUUUCAACAGUUGAACGUCAAGUUUUCGACUUCUUGGGUUACAUGUGGGCACCAAUUCUUGCAAAUUUUUUUCAUAUAAUAUUUGUGAUAUUUGGAUUUUUUGGUGCUUUUCAGUACAGAUCAAAGUAUCUUAUAACGUAUACUGUUUGGAAUAUAGUGUGGAUUGGCUGGAAUGUGUUCAUCAUCUGCUUCUACCUUGACGUUGGCAUAUUGGACAAAGAUAGUGAUGUGUUAAAUCUUGGAACUGGCAGUGUUAGCUGGUGGGAGGUAAAUGGAGCUGGUUGCAAACCUGUUUAUCCCACAAAUCUUACUGCUGAGGACACUGAUGUAUUUCGACCUCUAAGACCAGAAUAUGUUCCUGGUUGUUUCCUUGACUAUCAGUAUGUAGAAAUCUUGCAUGCUUCGGUGCAGUGUUUAUUAGCGGUUCUUGGCACAGUUGGUGGCAUAUUUGUUUGCCAUAUUCUCUAUGAAGAUGAUGAUAGUUCCCAAGUUAACAGUUCCUAUGGAAAGAAAGCAAAUAAUGGAAACCGAAACUCUCUUUAUUCAAUUGAAUUUAGUUCUCCAGAUAAUAAUGCAGAUGACAGUGUAGAAUAUGAUGAAACAUGUCAAAAUGGUAACUCACACUUAUCAGCUCCACAACUUUCUCCACGUCCCAUGACCCCACGCAGAGUGAAACGCCGUAGUGUAAUUUCGCGUGGUUCCACCGGCCGUAACUCACAGCAAGAUAAACGAGGUAGCGUGAGGCAUGGAAACACAGUGCGCUCCUCAGUUAGAUCUUCAGGACGGCGGCCGAAGCUGCAACAUCAGAACCCUGUGACUCGUUUAAUAGAGCAGCAGCAGAGUAUGCAGCAACAACAGGCUCUAGGAGACUCGUCCACAUCAAAUGAUUCUCAUCGAUUGAACAUGUUCGACCCUGCAUCCUCUCAAGCAGACUUGUUAAACAGCUCACAGUGGCGGAAGACUGCUGGUCACACAAACCCCUUGUAUCAGCAGAGUUCUAUGCAGUCGUUAAAUGAGGAAGAAGAUUCAUUCAACAGACCACCUUCAGCAAGAUCGAGUUACUCAAACUAUCAUGGAACACGUCCCAUCAGUUGUUAUGUAGGUUCAAGUGGAAUGAAUUCUUAUUAUGUGCCAGGACAAGCAACAGCUCAAGUACCUGUCAUAAAUACACACCGCCGUAGCAAUCGGUCAAUACCAAAAAGUAGCAGACCGAGUACUGAAUUUUUGAGUUGUGGUCCACCAGCGUAUCAGUUGCAAGGUGCCAUAGACUCUGAAACUGUUAUAUAAUUUUUUUCUUUUAGCACAAAAAGUGUCGAGCAAGCCUUCACUGCCAGAAACAAAUGUGCCUCUUGUAACUGGAUGUUGUGAAAAGUUAAAAUUUUAUUUCUCUAUGGAACUGUGUACUGCAAUUAUUCACACAAAGUGCUCCUGUAUGUGAUUGAUUUGUAUAUGCUGUGUGUACAGUUCGAUGAAUGUUUGGCUCAUCAUACAUAUAUUUUGGAGCAUUAUUUGAAGAUUUGUGGUUUAUUUAAAAUAACUGAAUCACAUAUAACACAACAGUGCUGAGUAAUAUUUUGUGCCUUUCUAGUCAGCUAUUGAAUGUAGUGUUUUGUACGUGAGCAUACCAUCAUAUGUUAUGUGAUGGCUAACCCUCAUUAGGCUGUUGCUGGUAAAUUCUAGUUUUCACGCGUCUCUGGAAAACUCCUUCACGUAAAAUGUUACACCUGGGAAUCAUUUUAAAAGGUAUGAAUGUGGAACUGUUAAAUAUGUAAUUUGCUUUGGAAGCAAUGAAUUCAAAAACUUACUUUUAAUACAUUUCCCACACAUUGUUAUUGAAGCUGUAAAUAUGCCAUAAAGCACCAGGUUUGAGUAACUUCUGUUCAUUGGCAGUGUCAAAUUCAACUUGGCCAGUAGUGUCACACUUGCAACAUAAUUUUCAGGAAUAUAUAGUUGGACCGUUCUUUUCUAGCUGUUGUUUACAAAUUUUUAUUAAAUGCUUCCAUCCCCCAUAUUCCCCAAAUCCAAGAAGCAGCUCACUUGUACGUUCUGCAAGUUGGAUUCAACCCACAGUGAUCCAUUAUAAUUUGACUACUUACUAAUGAAUGUGACAAAACAUGACAAACCACAGUUUUUUGAUGUUUGUUUUUAAUUUUUCUUCUGGGUAUUUUAUUUUUAACAUAUUACUGCACCCUCCACAAACAAGGAGAGAAUAGCUUUCAGUUUAUCCUUAACACUGAUAUUACAGGCUAUAUCUUUGACUGUUAAAGAUUUCCACUUCCUUGUGAACGGAUGUUUCUGCACUUCAAACCAAGUCUCUGCUCCCGGGAUUUUUAUAUCGUUACUGGAGAUGGUGCUGCAAGGACUGUCAGUUAGUGUUGGGCCCAAUUUCUGCUUUUUUCAUUCAUCAAAUGUUUCUGCUCAUCUGUCACAGUAUCAAUUUAGAAUCCACAUUAUCUUCUUAACAAAAAAGGCCUAAUACUUUUUAAAAGUUCAUAAAAUGCAUUUCUUACAUCUGAAGCAAUUUUUAUACAUUUUGACAGCCUGAAACACUGAUAGGUGGUUCUGGUGAGAAGAAAGCAACUUAAUAAAUAGUAAGUAGUAAUAAGGCUGUAAAGAUUUAUUUUCAUAACCAGCUUUGAAACUUUCUGACAACUUUGGAUGAUGCAUAUGUUUAUUAUAACAUCACUUUACAUAACACAGACAAAUAUAACAAAUUUCUAGAAUUGGGAAAAUUUUACAAUCGCCUUGAUCAUAUUAAGACUGAUUUUUCAAAAUAUAAUUGAAAACUAUUAUUGUGAUUGUAAAAAGUUAAAUGGAAAAUUUGAUCAGUUUUUGUAUUAGUAGUACAAAUAUCAGAAAUAAAACGUAUUUGUGGAAACUGUUACUGUAACUGCAUCAGUCCCUCAGAGGUUUUUAUCUAUCUUUCCAAAACUUCUUUCAAACCACUUCAGCUCAUCACCCUACAAAGUUUAUUAAGUAAUCAUAAAUUUGUUAUUUUACACAUCUUAUAUCACAUGGUGCAGGUCAUUUUGUGAAUCAGGUACGUUGAACUGUUUAUUUUUAUUCAUCUAAGGAUCACACGUUGUGUUAGUAGAAUGAAACACAGUAACACAAAAUAUAAAUGCACACAGAAUUCAUAAAUGUACCCCAUGAAUAUGACAGGUGAUAGGCCUAGCCUUGAAGGAACCAUCCUGGAAUUUAAGUAAAAUGAUUUAGGAAAACCAAACAAAACCCAAAUCAGUACGGCCGGACAGAAUAAAAGCCAUCCUCCCGAAUAUGGGGGUCAGUACCUUAAUAGCUGCACCACCUUCCUCAAUCACUCCAUAUUAUACGAUGUUCUUUGAUUUACAUCCAAUUUGUGUCACCACACACACUAAAGACACCUGGUGAUGACUUCUGAAUUAUGAAGGUGGCACUGUGCCCCUUGUGCUAACUCCAGUCUGUUUGACUCCAGGACCAGAAACAUUCAACUAUGCUCCAUGUUUGUCUUCGUGUCCUCCCCUCUGUCUACCUAAAACUGAGUCAGCAUUCCCCCCACCCGACGACUGAGAUACUGAACUCUGGAGAAGACAAUGCACCUUAUAUCUUGAUAUAAGAUUUUCUUUUAAAAACAGUAAACUGUGAUAAUGUAUUGAAAUGUAACAAGAUGUUGUAGUUAACUCCUUUCAUCUUUAAUCAUUACAUUAAGUCCUGCAAGUGAUCUUUGGUUGUGUAACAUAUGCAUUACUUAUGAAGAAAGUUUUAGCUGCCUUUUUGGACAGAUGUAUUUUAGUAAUCUUUCAUUUCCUUGGACAGUUUAUUAUACUAUUUUAUUCUCUGAGGGAAUGUGCUUUUUAGUCUGUUUUUCCAUGGUAAAUAUAAUUCCUAAAUAGCUAUAAUUCCAUGAUGAUGUAUGGGACUAAUUACUGAUAUAUCUCCUACUUUGCUUAACAGAUUGGUAGAUGUUCUCACUUGGUGCAGUAAGGAUGCCAUAUUUUUUUAAACAGCCCCUUACAAUGAGCCCUACUACUACUACUACUACUACUACUACUAGUAGUAGUAGUAGUAGUAGUAGUAGUAGUAGUAGUAGUAGUAAUUGUGGUUGUUGUCCUCUUCUCUUUCCAUUAUCUGCCGUUUGAAAAUUGUGUCCAGGUUUUGUGUCUCAUCUACAGAAAAGGAUUCCAUAGCUAAAAAUUAAGUGUACAUAGUAGUAAAGUCUUUCUUUCUCAUCACAGCUGAUAAAUCUCUUCUGAUCCGAGGUUCUGGACUACUUUUCUGUAACUCUUCCAAUUUCCUAAAUCUGGUCAGCCCAGUUCUUUCUUCCCCUGCAAUCAUUCUGUCAGGAGGAGGAACCACUGGCUCCUUAAGCUUGCACAUUUCCUUAACUUUUCACCUAACACUGCUUGAAGGGUACUCUUUU